CGGGGCCGGGGCCGGGGCCGGGGCCGGGGCCGGCGGGCGGACGGGCCCGCGCGGGAGCCGCCGGCAUGACGGGCCGCGUGUGCCGCGGCUGCGGCGGCACGGACAUCGAGCUGGACGCGGCGCGCGGCGAUGCCGUGUGCACCGGCUGCGGCUCGGUGCUCGAGGACAACAUCAUCGUGUCCGAGGUGCAGUUCGUGGAGAACAGCGGCGGCGGCUCGUCGGCCGUGGGCCAGUUCGUGUCGCUGGACGGUGCCGGCAAAACCCCAACCCUGGGCGGCGGCUUCCAUGUGAACCUGGGAAAGGAGUCAAGAGCACAGACCCUGCAGAAUGGGAGGCGUCAGAUCCACCACCUGGGGAGCCAGCUGCAGCUGAACCAGCACUGCCUGGACACAGCCUUCAACUUCUUCAAGAUGGCCGUGAGCAAGCACCUGACCCGCGGCCGCAAGAUGGCCCACGUGAUCGCGGCCUGCCUCUACCUGGUGUGCCGCACGGAGGGCACACCGCACAUGCUCCUCGACCUCAGUGACCUGCUCCAGGUGAACGUGUAUGUGCUGGGGAAGACGUUCCUUCUUCUGGCAAGGGAGCUGUGCAUCAACGCGCCGGCCAUCGACCCGUGCCUGUACAUCCCACGCUUUGCCCACCUGCUGGAGUUUGGGGAGAAGAACCACGAGGUGUCCAUGACGGCCCUGAGGCUCCUGCAGAGGAUGAAGAGGGACUGGAUGCACACUGGCCGGCGCCCCUCAGGCCUCUGCGGAGCAGCACUUCUGGUUGCAGCCAGGAUGCACGAUUUCCGGAGAACCGUCAAAGAGGUCAUCAGCGUGGUCAAGGUGUGCGAGUCCACACUGCGCAAGAGGCUGACAGAGUUUGAAGACACGCCCACAAGCCAGCUGACCGUGGAUGAGUUCAUGAAGAUCGACCUGGAGGGGGAGUGUGACCCCCCUUCGUACACGGCAGGGCAGCGGAAGCUGCGCAUGAAGCAGCUUGAGCAAGUCCUCUCCAAGAAACUGGAGGACGUUGAAGGUGAGAUAUCCAGCUAUCAGGAUGCCAUCGAGAACGAGUUGGAGAACAGCCGGCCGAAGGCGAAGGGGGCCCUUGCCAACCUGACCAGGGAUGGCUCCGUCGAGGACUCCACGUCCAGCUUAUUUGGUGAGGAGGACCCCGAGGAUGAGGAGCUGGAGGCUGUCGCCAGCCACCUGAACAAGGAUUUCUACCAAGAGCUGCUUGGUGGCAGCAUUUCCAGCAGCUCCGAGGUGGCAGGAGACCCCGAGGGGGGCAGGGGGCCCCCGGCCCUGGAGUCCCUGCUCGGCCCCCUGCCCACGGCAGCCAGCCUGGGCAUCUCGGACUCCAUCCGAGAGUGCAUCUCCUCCCAGAGCCAGGACCCCACGGACGGGUGCGGGGAUGGCGAGCUGGACCUCAGUGGCAUCGACGACUUGGAGAUCGACAGGUACAUCCUGAACGAGGCGGAAGCCCGCGUGAAGGCCGAGCUGUGGAUGCGGGAGAACGCCGAGUACCUGCGGGAGCAGAGGGAGAAAGAAGCAAGAAUUGCGAAGGAGAAGGAGCUUGGCAUCUACAAGGAGCACAAGCCCAAGAAGUCUUGUAAGCGACGGGAGCCGAUCCAGGCCAGCACGGCCGGGGAGGCCAUUGAAAAGAUGUUGGAGCAGAAGAAAAUCUCCAGCAAGAUCAACUACAGCGUGCUCCGGGACCUCAACAGCAAGGGUGGGGGCAGCCUGCAGGGGGAGGACGCGCAGCCCGAGGAGCGGGCCAGUGCCCGGAAGCUGUCUCGGAGGAAGAUGCCUGCCGGCAGGAACGGAACUGACUCCAUGAGCAGCGUGGGGAAAAGGCUGAGGCCCAUGGUGUCUGCACAGCCAGCCAAGAAGGCAGCCGUAGGAGAGACCUCGCUCCUGAGCUUGCCCACCCUGGGAGCCGCGCCCGACAGGCCCGCAGCAGUGGUGGAAAGCGGGCCGGUGUCCUACCACCCCGAGGACGACCCCGACGAGGAGGACCCCGACGAGGAGGACGGGGAGCCCUGUGUCAGCGCCCUGCAGAUGAUGGGCAGCAAUGAUUACGGCUGUGAUGGCGAGGAGGAUGAGGGUUACUGAGCCCGCCCUGCAGCCAGCAGCGUCUGGCGGGGCUCAGACGGGGCCUCCACGGGCCCGCCUGCCCUGCAGCCCUCGCCACGGCCGCUUGGCACUCGCCGCCGGGACCACAUCUGGAGCACCGUAAGGAGCGUUUGCCCGCGAGGGGACUGGACCUGUGUGUGCAUCCCGGGAGAUGUGGGUCUUACAGCCCGGAAACCCUCGCCGGCGGCACCGCCCUGUCCCGCGGGAGGACACCGAGCACGAGGAGGCCCGCUCUUGGAAGUGAGUGCCGGACUGGGGGCGCUGCAGCCCCCCACUGGCUGCCCCAGUGGAGUCUCGGCCCCCACCCAGCCCCUCCCACGCUGCGUCUUCAGCUGGACCCGGACUGUCUCGUGCCUGGCUGCAGCCCAGCUGCAGGCGACCUGAGUCAGCCGCACUCUCAGCAGACGUGGGAUGGUUGGCUCCACGCCCCCGGGUGCACAGCUGCCCUGGGGGCUGCCCUGCGCAGCCCGUGUGGCUGGCCUGGGUGUUGGGCUGGCCCUGCACCGAGCCGGAGUCAGGCAGAGCGGGGUCUUGUUUGAGCUGGGGUCUGGCUCAGGGUCCGCAGAGGGAUGGUGGGCAGAGAGGGUCCUCGAGCCUGGCCGCACUGCUCUGGAGGGUUCCCGCUACCCUCCACCGCCCCUGGGGGCCCAGGGACCACUUUCAGGGUCUCGGCGUGGGCAUCGCUGCUCUGGACACGGCCAGGGAGGCAGGACAGAUGCUUGUGCCCCUCAAGGCCCCAGCCUUGGCCACCCUACCCCUACAGUGGCAGAGCCAGGCCAUGUCCAGGGUGUGGCAGUCUGCAGGUAGGGAAUUCUGAGGUCCUUGGCUACACGUGUCCGGACCUUGCAGCUCACCGGGCCCCUAGAAGGCUGGACAGGACCAUGAGUUCGGUGAAACAAAAGCCACUACUUGAGCAGACACCCACUGAGCCUCUGGCCUGUGCUUUCCCGUCUGGCUCCGUGGCCUGCCCUGGAGGGGUAAGGCCACGGCAGGGCGCCCGGCCACUGGGGGUGGGAGAGGUGCACAGAGGCACCUGGCCCUGUUGUCAGACGCAUGAUGGGGACGUGGCUUGGACUUCAUCAGCGCCCCUUUCGUGCCCACCGCUGUAGGAAGUCCCCGAGUGUGUCCGUGGCUUGGGCUGUCCCGGCUGGGGGCCCCCCGUGGGAGGGAGGGCUUGGCCGCAGCGGCUCUGCACCGGCUCUCUGGCUCUGGGGUAUGCCGUUCAGGGGGCAGGGUGCGGGCUGCCUGGCCGGGAUGGUGAGCCCCCGGGACUUCCAGGUGCAAGGCUAGCGGUGGCUCUGGAGGGGACAGAGUCGCCCUCUGGGACACAGGGCUGCCCGUGGAGUGCGGCGCACGUGGCAGGUUUCAAGACGCCUCGGGCGGGACGCCUCCGCUGGGAGCCGGGGCGAGAGCAGGUUUCUGGGCAGAGGCCGGUGGGAGAGCUGAGCCCGCAAAGCAGGGGAGGGAGGGGGUCCCGUAGGGGGUUUGCGGAGGGGGAGGGGAUUUGAGGGAAGAUGCAAGCACUCCGGGUGGCCUGCACGGCCAAGGCCCGGAGGUGAGGGGACAUAAUGGGGAGGAAGCCCAGGGAGGCCGGACGGGCAGGGAGGUCUGGGGAUGGAUGGCCGGGAGCAGGUGUCUGGCUGAAGCAGGAAGGGUCAGGCCCCCAGAGGGCUGGAGAUGGGCCCGGGAGCAAGGGCUGGUGGGAAGGACUGUCCCCUGAGAGGGUGUGGUGAGGAGGGUCACAUGGGUGGGAGGGAGUGCUGGGGGGUUCGUGCUUUGGCGGUGGCCAAGGUGCUGGCGAGGGAUGAGGCCCCAGGCCAGCAGCCGGCAGGGUCCUUCUGGCCUUGUGCUCGGUGUGCCAGCUUUUGAGGGGGACAUGCAGGCCAGUCUGCACCUCUGUCCCACAUCUGCAUGGGGCUCUUCCAGCUGUGGGCACAGUGUAGGGGGCUGUCUCUGGUGGGUACAGGCUCUGGCUACAGCUCCCCGGCAUUCUGCAAAGCUCAGCCCCUUCAGGGUCUUCAUGGCACAGAGCGGACCCUGCAGCUGCUGGGACGGGCCCCCCCGGCACCCGCUUCACCACCACCUGACCUGUGUCCCUGCAGGGUCGGCGGCAGGAAUGGGCACCCUAAAAGCUUGGAGAGGCCUGGGUGCCCGGGCCAGGGAGAGAGGCAGGGCCCUCAGGAGCCCCCCCCCCCCCAGUGUCUGAGGGCCAGGGGCCUGACUCAGGCUGGGGUCCAGCCCCGAGGAGGGGCAUCCGGCAGUGGAAGCAGGGACGCCUCACCCUCACUGCACACCGUUCCCUGCUGGCGAGGCCCCUCGGCGGUGGGCUGCUUCUACCCUGGGCCCCACAGCCUUCCCAGUGUCUGGACACGUGUGGACCGCUUGCCCUGCUUGAACCGCAGCACAGGUACCGAAGGGCACAGAAGUCGGCACGGAGGUGGCCUCCCUGGCCCGCGUCCUGACAGCCACCCCCUUUCCGGGGGCCAGGGCUUGGCCAGCGACCGCAGGCUCGUCCUGAGAAGAGCACAGGGCUUUCCACUACCUCACCGCAGUGCUGGGUGGAGCAGGGAGGAGGCAGCCUGCUCCCCACGUGCGAGCCCCUCCCCAGAGCCCUGGAAACCUGUCCGUGCUGACCGUCCACGGAGCCCGUGUCCACCUGUAAGCACGCACACGUGCCCGUCCCUGAGCCUCCAGAGCUGGAGCCCCAGGCCUGCCGGGCCGCUGCCCCUCCCAACACCAGCGAGGCCGGGGUCCCUGUGUGGGGUCCCCAGGCAGCAAGCAGACAUGUCCGGCCCCGUUCACGCUGCCCCCCGCCCCGGUCCAGCUCUGCUUGGCCAGCAGGCCCCCUCCCCAGAGUCAUGUAGGGAGGGCUUGAGUGACGGACGAGCCAGCGCCAGCCCGGGCAGGGGGCAGUGCACAAGGACACGCCUGUCCCCACGCCCCCCCGUUCACACGUGCGCCACCCCCUCGUGCCGGUGCAUACUCGCCCUGCACGCGCACGUACGCAUUCACGUGGCCACCGGACCCCCCUUCCAGGUGCCAGGCCCGGGGUGGGCCGGCGGGCUCCAGUGGGGUGGGGGCUGUGGUCACAUCUGAGAUGGCGCUUCUCCUGGCAGGGCGCCCGUGUGCCCUGGACCCGCUCCCCGGAGAGGAGGGGGACGCCCAAGACCAGGGGCUCGUGUCCGUGUGUGUAGCACCUGCCGGUCACCCGCCCUGCGCCGUGCUGUGGGACCCAUGGCGGUUCCACCCCUCCCAGCCGUAGGGGUGGAACUACGGGUUACCGUCUGAGAGGGCUUUGGCAGGGUGGGUGGGGCCCCGGCCCCCCGGCCCCCGCCCCCCGCCCCCCGCCCAGCCAGGGCCCUGGCCAGAGCCUCCAGGGCCACCCCGGUGUCCCCAGCAGGCCGCAGAAGCACGGAGGGCGGGGACAGGUGGGCGGGAGGGAGGUUGGAAGAGCUGUCUGCAGUGGACGACAUCUGUCUACUUGCUCCACAAGGCCACCGCCCCACACCUGCCCGGCCAGCCCCCGUCCGCAGCGGCCGUGGUCACACCAGCCUGCUCAUCCCCCGGCCUCGUGUGCGAUGGACCGGCACGACGUGCCCUGCCACCGCCACUCCCUGCCAGGUGCCCUCCUCCAGCCCCACAGAGGCUCCUGGCCCGGCCGGGCCCCGGAGUGCUCGUCUACCGACUGCUUCCAGAACCUCCUGAGCGCAGUGUGGGUCUUUGGGAAGAGGGGCAGGGGUUAGGCAGCCCCCAGGGACGGAGAUCCACUGAGGCAGGGUCUGAGCUCUGCCACGGGCUGCCUCCGGCUCAGGGAGCCCAACGGGAGCCCUGCGGUGCCUGCUGUGGGGGUAGCACACCUCGCCCCUGCGCCCUCCCAGGACCAGGCCUGGGUGGCAGCAACGCCUCUGUGCACCUGCUCCUUCAGCACCCCGGUGUCCCCUGCCCCUCUGUCCACGCGUGGCGGCUGCAGCACCGACUGAGUUGCUCCGUGGCGCCUUCGCGGCAGAGCCUCGCACAGCUCCGGGGGCUGCGUGGGGUGCGGGGCUCCCGUCGCGGGUGCGGGUUGAGGCCGGCUGCCCGCUCCCAUGUCGGUGCAGCUGGGCCCUGGGAAGAGUGUAGGGCGCCCAGCGCCACCCCCAAGGCUGUAGACGGCCCAGCGGGGCUCUCGGGGACUCGAACUGCAGGCCACAUAUGUAACUGCCAGGCGGACGGGGCACCUAGCCAUCUGUCCUCACCCCUCCCUGCCCCCCGGCGGCCACUUGGGCGCCCAGGCCAGGGCCUGUCUGGCUUCCCACAAGGCCUCCCACCCCCUGGGAACCCUGCAUUCCCGGAAUAAUAAAGACUGGGAGCCUCGAGGUGGCAGGGUGUCAGCCUGGGUGUGCAGUCCUUGUCCACGGUGCGUCAAGGCAACGGUCACAGCGUUGAAGGGUCCACCUGGCUGGGCCCUCACCACACAUGGGCAUCAUAGGCUCACCAUCCCCCAUACGCUGGCCCUGUCCCUUCCUGGGCCUGAGGACUCCCUUGCCCAGCAAGGCAACAAAGAUUGGCACGGAGAGAAGGUGGCUCGAGCCCCCAGCCCUGGAGGUGCAGCAGGAGCCUGGGAAUCUGCUGGGCCUCUUGGACCCUCCUCGCGGCCCUGGGCCUCCUGACCGCCCCUCCAUGCGCGGCCAUGCCCAGCAGACCAUCUCAGCUCUCAGUAUGCAACCCACUGGACACGACACCCCAGCUGCCUGCAACCCUGGAGAGCCCCCGGUUGUGGCCCCCUCCCCCCCCCCGCAGGGCUGGUCCCUGUUAGCCAGCCCCCAUCCUGCCCCCGCACUCCUGGGCAGCCGGGCUCAGGGAGGCCUUGCCCUGCUGCGGGCAGGACACUUGGCUUGUGCCCUGUCCUGCGAGAGGACUGAUGGCCCUUCUUGUGCCCUCCCCAGCUCCAGCUCCAGCUGCCUGCCAACAUCGGGGCCCCGCGCUGCCCCUCGGCAGGACACUCAGCCGCCCUGCACGUGUACCCGGGCCCCUGGGGGAUGCCAGAGGGGCCGGCUGGUUCCCGUGGGGAGGGCUCUUGGGUCAGGCUUCCAGGCUUCACGUGUGGCAGGCAGGUUCCCUGCCUACGUGCCAAGAGGGUUGGCUGCUCCCUGGGGAGCCCUGGGCCCCAGCCAGGCUGGCAAAGGUUAGGGGCCAAGGGACUGGCUCCAAAGCUGCAGGCCCUUCAAAGGCGACGUGGGCGGUGGCAGCGUGGAGACUCUUUAUGGCCUUCCUGUCGGCAGAGGAACCUGGCUCAGGAAGCCAUUGUCCCCCAUACAAUGGGCCCAGCUGGGCCCUGUGAGGGCAGGGGCCCCAGAUUGGUGGAACCUGACCUUGACCCUGAUCCACCACCGAUAGUCCCCAGCACCCUGUCAUGGGCACUGCGGCUGGCCCUGGCCAGGAACGUGGACGGGCUGCUCCCGUCUGAGGACUAGGGCACCAGCUCUCAUGGGUGGGCAGCGAGGGACUGUCCCUCACAGAGAACAAACUGCUGAGGCCACGAAGACUCACCAAGUGCCCAGCUGUGCCUGAUCUGUCGGGCAACGUGGGGGCCGCCCUUCCCUUGGUGGGGAGGGGCCUUGGCACCAGCCAGCCUGAGUCAUCGCCGCCCCCCUUCGGAGGUCAUUGUCUGCCAGGUACCAACUUGGAGGGGCCUGGGAACAUGACUGGCCGGCCCAUCGCAGGGGGUGAGCAGCACAGCCCCUGCACCUGCCCUCCGCAGCGACCCGGGGCGGAGCAGGCAGCUACGGACUAUGCCUCGGGCCGGAGGCCAUGGGGCACGAGGCCAGUGUCCCAGCAGGGCCUGACUGCAGGUGGUCACGGGGCCUGGCAGAGGACAGUGGGCCCAGAGCUGGAGCCAGGACCCACCUGGGCACCACAUCAGGUGCACACAGAGACUCUACUCCCACGCACAGAGACACAUGCAUGUCACGUCCAUGAUGGAAAAUGGAGAUGACGCUUCACGGCUCUGAACCAUCCCUUCGCGGCCUGCGCUCACCCACCCCUAGAUCUCCCCGAGGCCUCGCCACCUCUGGGCUCCCUGCAGAAGCCCCUUACCCGAAGGAGAAGGUUUCCUCCAACCACACGCAGGACUCUGGAGAAUACAGAUUUCCCAUCCGCUGGCUCACAGUUGUGUCCGUCCAGCCAGUGUUGGCCAAAGCUUCACAGCAAACUGUUUACUCUGAGGUGGUCCCCUGAUAAGGGCAGAGGUGCUCGUCGUGAUCAGACCAAGAAGACCUCCCAGGCCCUCUCCACUCUCGCCUCAACUUUGCUUCCUGUGUCACCUGCAGUGUCCCCAGGCACGCUGGGUGAGGGGUGGGUUCUGCAGUGGACAGCAGGCUCUUCAGUGGUCCAGUAUUCGUGGAAGCUUCCAAGUUCCAUGGAGUGGUGAUAACCCUCGGGAAGUCCUGGGGUGUGGUGGGUGUAGGGGUUAGCCAGGAAGACUUCCUGGAGGAGGAGGGGUCCACCCUGGGACCCAAAGGGAGAGAAGCUGGUCGAGGCACAGUUGGGCACAGAAGAGCCAGGUGGGCUGCUGACC